UUUAGACACAAGCGAGAGGAUCAUGGCGGAUGGCCCCAGGUGUAAGCGCAGGAAGCAGGCGAACCCGAGGCGCAAUAACGUUACCAGUUACAAUAAUGUUGUAGAAACUAAUUCAGAUUCAGAUGAUGAAGACAAAUUGCACAUUGUUGAAGAAGAAAGUGUAGUAGAUGGAACAGAUUGUGAUAAUAGCGUGCCAGACGAUGACUUGCCAAAAGACCAUGAGGUAUUACCAGAACAUAAUGAAAGAGAAGGAAGUACAAACAGUUGCUGGGAAGAUGAAGGUAGUAAAGAAGGAAAGGAAAUCCUGGGGCCUGAAGCUCAGACAGAUGAAUCUGGAUGUCCAGUAAAAGAUGAAUGUGAUUCUGAUGCAGAAAAUGAACAAAAUCAUGACCCGAAUGUUGAAGAAUUUCUGCAACAAGAAGACACAGCAGUUAUCUACCCUGAAGCACCUGAGGAGGAUCAGCGGCAAGGCACACCUGAGGCUAGUGGUCAGGAUGAAAACGGCACACCAGAUGCAUUUUCGCAGCUACUUACAUGCCCUUACUGUGAUAGAGGGUACAAACGCUUUACCUCUCUGAAAGAACACAUAAAAUAUCGCCAUGAAAAAAAUGAAGAUAACUUUAGUUGCUCCUUAUGCAGUUACACAUUUGCAUAUAGAACACAACUUGAACGCCAUAUGACAUCACAUAAAUCUGGAAGAGAUCAAAGACAUGUGACACAAUCCAGUGGUAACAGAAAAUUCAAGUGCACUGAAUGUGGAAAAGCUUUCAAAUAUAAACAUCACUUAAAGGAACACUUAAGAAUCCACAGUGGAGAGAAGCCAUACGAGUGCCCAAACUGCAAGAAACGUUUUUCCCAUUCUGGUUCCUACAGCUCCCACAUAAGCAGUAAGAAAUGUAUUGGUAUGGUGCCUGUGAAUGGCCGAGCACGAUCAGGGAUCAAGACAUCUCAGUGCUCUUCUCCUUCUCUUUCUGCAUCUCCGGGUAGCCCAACAAGACCACAAGUACGACAAAAGAUAGAAAAUAAGCCCUUACAAGAACAGCUCCCUGUAAACCAAAUUAAAACUGAACCUGUGGAUUAUGAAUUCAAGCCCAUAGUGGUUGCAUCAGGAAUCAACUGUUCAGCCCCUUUGCAAAAUGGGGUAUUUAGUGGUGGUAGCCCAUUACAGGCAACCAGUUCUACUCAGGGCGUUGUGCAAGCUGUUGUUUUGCCAACUGUUGGUCUGGUAUCUCCAAUAAGUAUCAACUUAAGUGACAUUCAAAAUGUACUUAAAGUUGCAGUGGAUGGUAAUGUUAUAAGGCAAGUAUUGGAGAACAGUCACACCAAUCUUACAUCCAAAGAACAAGAAACAAUCAACACUGCACCCCUACAACAAGCUGGACAUUCCCUCAUUUCAGCUAUCAGUCUUCCUUUGGUUGAUCAAGAUGGGACAACCAAAAUUAUCAUUAAUUACAGUUUGGAGCAACCUAGCCCUCUUCAGGUUGUACCACAGAAUUUGAAAAAAGAAAACUCUGCCCCAAAUAACAGCUGCAAAACUGAGAAACUACCAGAAGAUCUCAGAGUGAAGUCUGAAAAAGAAAAAAGUUUUGAAGGAGAGACCAAUGAUAGCACUUGCCUUCUUCAUGAUGACUGUCCAGGGGAACCUAAUGCACUUCAAGAAUCAAAGCACUAUGAUAUCAAAAAUUCCACUCAGCCAACUCAGCCCAGUGGUGCAGAAGUUGAGAAGUCUGAAUCCUCUGUUUCAUCAGAAGCAGGGGAGGUUAACCCAUCUCCUGGUCAACCUCCUUUAAAAAACCUUUUAUCCCUCCUUAAAGCCUAUUAUGCAUUAAAUGCACAACCAAGCUCAGAUGAGCUCUCAAAAAUUGCUGAUUCAGUAAAUUUGCCAUUGGAUGUAGUUAAAAAGUGGUUUGAAAAAAUGCAAGCUGGCCAGAUUUCUGUACCAUCAUCUGGACAAUCUUCCCCUGAACCUGACAAAUUAAAAAACUCUAUUAAUAAUGAUGACAACACUGGACUUACAGCUGCAAAUGAACAGCAGGACAGUCAGUCUAAAGCUGUAGGUCCUCUUAAGACCGAUAAACCACAGACUGUAUCAACAGGAUCAGCUCACAAUGGCUCGCAGAGUAACACACCAUCCCCAUCACCUCUUAACCUCUCUUCAUCUAGAAAUGCACAGGGUUCCUUGUACCUUAAUGAGGGUGUCCAGGAAGAGCCACAAAUAGAACCUCUUGACCUUUCAUUACCAAAGCAACAUGGAGAAUCAUUGGAACGAUCUACUAGUGUUUACCAGAACAGUGCAUAUUCUGUUCAGGAAGAACCUUUGAACUUAACUUGUGCAAAAAAAGAACCACAAAAGGACAGCAGUAUUACAGACUCUGAACCAGUUGUAAAUGUAAUCCCACCAAGUGCCAAUCCCAUUAAUAUUGCUAUUCCUACAGUUACUGCCCAGUUACCUACAAUUGUUGCCAUUGCUGACCAGAACAGUGUUCCAUGCUUAAGAGCUCUUGCUGCCAAUAAGCAAACCAUUCUUAUCCCACAGGUAGCUUACACUUAUUCAGCCACAGUUAACCCUACAGUUCAAGAAACACCAAAACAGACGCAGGCCAAUGGAAGUCAGGAUGAAAGACAAGACACUAGCUCAGAAGGAGUGUCAAAUGUAGAGGAUCAGAAUGAUUCUGAUUCUACACCACCGAAGAAGAAGAUGAGAAAGACAGAAAAUGGAAUGUAUGCCUGUGAUUUGUGUGACAAAAUAUUCCAGAAGAGUAGCUCACUUUUGAGGCAUAAAUAUGAACAUACAGGUAAAAGACCUCAUGAGUGUGGGAUCUGCAAAAAGGCAUUUAAACAUAAACAUCAUUUAAUUGAACACAUGCGACUGCACUCUGGAGAGAAGCCCUAUCAGUGUGACAAAUGUGGCAAGCGCUUUUCUCACUCGGGGUCUUACUCUCAGCACAUGAAUCAUCGCUACUCCUAUUGUAAAAGGGAAGCUGAAGAGCGUGACAGCACAGAACAGGAAGGAGCAGCACAGGAGCACCUGGGGAGUGAGGGUGCAAGGGCUGUGGCGUCUCCCUCACAGCUCGACUCUGAUGAGAGAGAGAGCAUAACAAGGGAGGAGGAAGACAGUGAAAAAGAGGAGGAAGAUGAAGACAAAGACAUGGAGGGAUCACAAAAAGAAAAAGAAUGUGGAAAAUUACAAGAGGAGGAGGAGGAGGAAGAGGAGGAGGAGGAGGAAGAGGAGGAGGAGGAGGAAAUAACUGAAGAUAGCAUGAAGGACAAAGAAGCCGUAGAUGAAGGAAACAGUAUUAAACCAGAAGUUACAUUAAAAGAGGAGCUAAUGUCAGAAGCAGCAACCGAUAAAGCUUAACUGAUGAUGAGGUUUUGUACAAGGAGAAGGAAUCUCAACUGGUAAUGAAAGUUGUUCUAUACUCUACAUGCUUUUUAUGGAAGCACAGUAGUCUGUGCACUGUGAUUCCUGUUCACUACUGUGUAACAAAAAUUAAAAAAAAAACAGAAAAUAUAAAAAAUAUAUAUAUCCAGGUGUGCCUGAAUCUCAAAUCUAGUAAUUUUUCACAGUUUUCAAAUUUAGGAACAAGUUUGUGACCUGAAACAGAUUAGAAGAACGUGAUGACUCUGGAAGCAAAUAGAAGAACAUGUUGUAGGAAACAUGUUUUAUUUGGUAUGUGUUGGACAUCAAUUUGUUACCAUCAGUAUUAUUUUUUUUUGUUUGUUUAAUAUUUUGAUUGUACAAUUGGGAGAGAUUUAUGUUCUUUUUUAUUAUUUUAUUUUAUCAGUGAAACAAUUCUGCUAAUUCCGCUUCAGUAUUUUAUUAUAUUUUUAAAAUGUGAGAAUUUCUGCACUACAGACUUCCCUUAAGCAGAAAGAUAUGACACAGUUCCAAACAGUGUUUGACUACCUUUGUAAAUUCAGCUUAGAAGGUAGCAGUUAUAACAUUUAGAUGUUGUUAGUAGAACAUGUUCUCAUUUAAAGUGUAUUGUUAGCCUUAAGGGAGCAGCUGAUAGAAGGACUGAAGUUUCUUGCUCAUGUGGUUGAAAAUAUAGUUUGAAAAGGAAGAAUGUGGUGGGUUCUGAUUGCAGGGACUAACAGUGUUAAUACUGGUGAGGACAGCCAAGUUGUCAAAAUCAGUGUUUGUAAUUGUGUCUGGAGUGUGUAGUAAAAAAUAUGAAGGAUAUGACAUGAAAUUUUGUAUCUCUUUUGGCCUUAUGCAAGACCCUGUGUGCUGUAAGUGCCAUUUCUCAGUAUUUUAAAGGCUUUGACCAGCCUUUCUCCAAUGUGUGGCCUACAAUAACUAGCAUUUGUUGAUUUGUAUUAAAUUUCAGUAAACUAAAUCAUGGGACAAAAACACCCAGCCAUCAGAAAAGUAAAAGCACUGGUACAUUUCAUAAUGCAAUUCUUCACUCUUAGUUGUUCCUUUUUUAAUUACUUAACUGGAGAAUUUCUCUACAAUAAUUAUGAAGGGAAAUUUCUAGUCUAUUAUAUUGGCUCACUUUAUUUCAGACAAAUACAUGAUAUGUUAUUGGGCUCAUAUGUUUCCAAAUGUUAGUUAUUCUGGACCCCAUUUAUUGACAAUGUUAGCUGAUUUUAACCUAUCAGUAUUAUUUUAUUUCUUUUAGUUUUUAGAUCUGUGCAACAUUUUGUACUGUAUGUUUUCAAACCUGGCAGUAUUAAUACCCUUCUUACUGACAUAUGUACCUUUUUAGUUUUAGAAAACUUUUAUAUUUAUGUGUCUUAUUUUUAUAUUUCUUUAUUUAUUACACAGUAGUGUAUAAUACUGUAGUUUGUAUUAAUACAAUAAUAUAUUUUAGUAUGAAAAUUUGGGAAGUUGAUAAGAUUUAAAGUAGAGAGGCAAUUGGUUCUCUUGCAUUGAGAUUUGAUUUAACAGUGUUACGUUAACAUUUAUACUUGCCUUGGACUGUAGAAGAGGAGAAUCAAAAUGGGAAUGUAUCAAUUUACAAUUGCAAUCAAUUCAUUUUACCUUUUCCCAGUUUUUAAUAUAAAGCUCUUAAAUUUUGAAAUUCACUGUAUGACUAAUAGCAUGAUGCUCUGCAGUUUUAUUAAGAGAUUAACCUUACCAUAAAACACUCAUUUCUUUAGGGAAACCAAGCUAGAGUAAUCUUCUAAACAGUGUUGGGAACAAUGUUUAACAUUUCUGUGCCAAUUUGUUCCUGUAUUCAUAUAUGUGAGUUACAAAUCUGAAGCUUCAUUUUUUUUUUUAAGUUCCUUGUUACAUCAUGGUCAUUUUCUAGUUUUUUACCAGACUCCCCAUCUCACAAUAAAAAAGCAUCAACAAGCCUGA